AUGUUACCUCACGGUGUCCGCCCUGAAAACCAGCGCCGCCGGGGCACACUGCCACUCCAAACCAACGAGUCAGAAUCCGAUGACUCUAUGGACACUACCUCGGAGUCAGGAAAUGCAAUUUUCAAUCCGGGCUUGAUGGAUGUGCUCAAAGUGCGGUUCUUGCUCCAGUGGAAACUCACUACUGGUGUCCCGGAGGAACUCGUCGAUAUGAUCAUCGAUGCUGCUGAAUAUUGGCCUUCGAUAGAGCAUACGAUAGACGAACAGAGGACAAUUCACAAAGACUGUGAUCAAGUUUUGUUGAAGACAGUGCCUUUGUGCUAUGAUAGAAACGCAUGUCUAUCCUUAGAACAGGGAUCAUCUCCGAAGCAAUUACCUCAUCGAGGCACGCAUCCCUGUCGCAAGAUUAUCUUCAAUCUCUCGUCCCACGAUCAAGGAGGGCGACGGCGCCACCAUAACAUGUACGAAUUCUCAUGGACAUGGUUCGACACCGAAGUCAUCCACAGCGCACACGAGAAAAGCAUGUAUGCCAAUGGUAAUGAGCAAGAGAUACUCGACAACGAACGCGGACAAGUGCGCAAACAUUACACCGAAGCGGAUGACCUGCUUCUCCCACGCGGCAACAAGUUGCAGGUGAAUGGGGCUCAUGUCAGUGAGAUGCAACACACCACGAUUGUGUGGGACUAUCGUGACGAUGUGAAGGCAGACUCUCCCGAAGCUCAUGAGAUCGAGAAGACUCGGGGUCGUGGCCGACUUACCCUUGAUGGACGUGGGGUGCGGGAGCUAGAAGUCGGGGAUUCAAUUGCACUAUGGGCUCGGGCGAGAUUCCCCGGGUGGUCGAACCAUGUCAACCGUGCCAGCGUGCGGAUUUACUGGGCUGUAUGA